CCUCCUCCCGACGCCCUCAAAACGAAAACAAAAAAUGGAGUUCUCAACAUUCCAACCCGCCUUUUCAUGGCCUUACUUCUUCACCUCUCCUCUUCUUUUUCCUUCUUGCAUCAUCCCGGAAAACUGUGUCCACUGGACUGAAACCCAAGAGUCUCAUAUUUAUAAGGCCGAAUUGCCUGCAGGUGUGAGGAAGGAGGAAAUUAGGGUUGAAGUUGAGGACUCGCGGUACCUCAUAAUCCAAACACAAGGUACUGAAAAGGAAAAAGACCCUACCGGGAGCUUCAUGAGGAAAUUCAGGCUUCCACCUAUGGUCGAUAUCAAUGGAAUCUCUGCUGGGUACCAAAACGGGGUGUUGAGGGUUACAGUUCCAAGAAGAAGCCGCUUAAGAAUUGAUCCCGGUGACAUGCCUGAGAGAAACGAAGUUCUUGCACCGGCGGCUUCACUUGUUUAAUUAUAAAUCAUUUUAGCUUCUAAGGAUUUUCUUUCUUCUCCCUCCUUAUCAUGUUUUCUUUUUUCCUUCUUAUGUUUGUUUCUUUUUUCUUCUUCUAUUUUGAUUUUUGAGUAAGUUAUACGUCGUGGGUGUUAAUGGGAGGUGAUGGACAAUUUGAUAUCGUUAGCGUUAUGGUGUAUUACGGCUUGAAGCCUUGAAG